AGCAACAGAGUUUAGACUGUCUUUGCUUCAUCAUCUGAAGGCAAAAUUUUCCAGCGAAGGCAGACGGCGCUCAGAGUACAAUAAACAGGGAAGGGGAACUAUUUACAUGGAAAUUUCUUCCUCAGGAUGCCGGGGAGAAGCCUGGGCCGCUGGAUUCUGCCAGAUGUUCCUGGGAUUACUGUAAAAGGGAAGGAGAGGCAGAGCUAAACAAGGUCCAUGAUUUAAAAGUGCCUGUGGGAAGUCACUUUGGCUGGAAACUGCAGCCAGGGAGCUCCUGUGUUUUCAAGUCUUGUUUUCCUGUCCAAUACACGUUACGUCGACCUUACAAGUGGAUGAAGGUACCUCAGUUGUCUGACUUUACCGACUACUUGUUUUCCGAGUUUAUAAAGGUGGGAGGAAACAGAGAUCCUGCUAAGAGCUGAACAUCUAAGUGGCUUCUUCUCCGGCACCACCGAUAGCUGUGAGCUUCGAACUGGAUAUAUUCUCCCAAGGAGUGCUGUGACAUUGAAGUUCCUCAUUAAAAACAGUGUGUCUGCAACACAAUCAGGAGACUGGGACACUGACAGCCAGAGAUGACACUGAGCAUGCUUUUGUUUCGGCCUGCAGUCUUCAGGUGGGGCACAUUGAUUGAUGAGUGACUGCUUGCCAAUACGUUCUCUUCUCACUCUGUUCCUUGGAUUGGACUUCAUUAAGCAAUUUAUCACUUAACCUUCAGACUUACAUGUGGGGUUUUUCACAAUAGUGUUGCAUCAUUGGAACUUGGGUUGAUUUAAUCGCUUCACAGAAAGGAACAGAAUCCAAAUUACUUGAUUGCCAUGGCUUUGAAUGUUGCCCCAGUCAGAGACACUAAAUGGCUGACGCUAGAAGUCUGCAGACAGUUCCAGCGAGGAACCUGCUCACGCUCCGACGAGGAGUGCAAAUUUGCUCACCCCCCCAAAAGUUGCCAGGUUGAAAAUGGAAGAGUAAUCGCCUGCUUUGAUUCCCUAAAGGGCCGUUGUUCAAGAGAGAACUGCAAGUAUCUUCACCCUCCAACACAUUUAAAAACUCAACUAGAAAUUAAUGGGAGGAACAAUUUGAUCCAGCAAAAAACUGCAGCAGCAAUGCUUGCCCAGCAGAUGCAAUUUAUGUUUCCAGGAACCCCACUUCAUCCAGUGCCCACUUUUCCUGUAGGUCCCACAAUAGGGACAAAUACGGCGAUUAGCUUUGCUCCUUACUUAGCACCUGUAACCCCUGGAGUUGGGUUAGUCCCAACAGAAAUUCUACCCACCACACCUGUUAUUGUUCCCGGAAGUCCACCUGUCACUGUCCCGGGCUCAACUACAACUCAGAAACUUCUCAGGACUGACAAACUGGAGGUAUGCAGGGAGUUCCAGCGAGGAAACUGUGCCCGGGGCGAGACCGACUGCCGCUUCGCACACCCCGCCGACAGCACGAUGAUCGACACGAACGACAACACCGUAACCGUUUGUAUGGAUUACAUAAAGGGGCGUUGCAUGAGGGAGAAAUGCAAAUAUUUUCACCCUCCUGCACACUUGCAGGCCAAAAUCAAAGCCGCGCAGCACCAAGCCAACCAAGCCGCGGUGGCCGCCCAGGCAGCUGCGGCCGCGGCCACAGUCAUGACUCAGUCGACUGCCAAAGCAAUGAAGCGACCUCUCGAAGCAUCUGUAGACCUGGCCUUUCCACCUGGUGCUCUUCAUCCUUUACCAAAGAGACAAGCACUUGAAAAAAGCAACGGUGCCAGCACGGUCUUUAAUCCCAGCGUCUUGCACUACCAGCAGGCUCUAACCAGUGCACAGUUGCAGCAACACACGGCGUUUAUUCCGACAGGGUCAGUUUUGUGCAUGACACCCGCUACCAGUAUUGUACCCAUGAUGCACAGCGCUACGUCAGCCACUGUCUCUGCAGCAACAACUCCUGCAACAAGUGUCCCCUUCGCAGCAACAGCCACAGCCAAUCAGAUAAUUCUGAAAUAAUCAGCAGAAAUGGAAUGGAAUGCCAAGAAUCUGCAUUGAGAAUAACUAAACAUUGUUACUGUACAUACUAUCCUGUUUCCUCCUCAAUAGAAUUGCCACAAACUGCAUGCUAAAUAAAGAUUUAGUUCUUCUGGACAGACCACAACUCUAAGGAGCUAGUGCUGCUAUAUCAUAUAUGAGUAUUAAAUAUGGUAUGCUUAGUAUAUUCCAACCUAAGAUAGUUAACUACCUGAGACCAGCUGUGAUGUUUAAAGACAUAAAGGAUCAAGUUUACUUUGAAAGGGUUUCUAAACAUAGUUUCUGUCCUAGGAAUAUUGUCUUAUCUCCAUAACUAUAGCUGAUGCAGAAAGUCCAACCAAUUUACUCAUUUCGACUCAGAAUAUUUCAAAGUUAGCAAUAAACAAAUAGCAGUAGUUUAAAACCUAUUCCAAGGGCAGGUUCAAUUCCAACUCCAAUUACUGUCAUUUCAUUUUCCCACUGGAUCAAAGGGUAUGUUUCACUUCUUGACACAAAUGCUGCAGCAAAGAUGAGAAGUGAAGUAAAAAACUGAUACCUGUCCUGCAGGUCUAAAAUUUGAAUGGAAAUUCAAGCACAAGUACUGGGGACACAUCAAAGUGUGGUAUUUUGUUUGCCUGGAGAUGCCGUAUGGAAUCAUGUGAUUCUAGAGUAACAUUAACUAGAUUGCAAGAGAAACUUUGCACGGUAUGAGCUUCAUACCCCACCAAACAAAGUCUUGAAGGUAUUAUUUUACAAGUAUAUUUUUAAAGUUGUUUUAUAAGAGAGACUUUGUAGAAGUGCCUAGAUUUUGCCAGACUUCAUCCAGCUUGACAAGAAUGAGAGGCCCAUGUCAAGAGUCUAAUCUAAUGGAUUAGUCUUUCAAACUCACCAUCCGUUUGCCUGUUACAGAAUAACUCUUCUAAACUAAAAACCUAGUCAAAUAAGGAAGCUGUAGGUGAGGAGAUCUGUAUAAUAUUCUAAUUUAAGUAAGUUUGAGUUUAGUCACUGAAAAUUUGACUGUGACUUUAAUCUAAAUUACUAUGUAAACAAAAAGUAGGUAGUUUCACUUUAUAAAAAAUCCAUUACUGUUCUGCAUUUCAAAAAGUUGGAUUAAAGGGUUGUAAAUGACUACAGCAUGGAAAAAAAAUAGUUCUUUUAAUUCUUUCACCUUAAAGCAUAUUUUAUGUCUCAAAAGUAUAAAAACUUUAAUACAAGUACAUACAUACAUAUUAUAUAUACACAUACACAUAUAUACUAUAUGGAUGAAACAUAUUUUAAUGUUGUUUACUUUUUUAAUACUUGGUUGUUCUUCAAGGUAAUAGCGAUAUAAUUAAAUUUUGUUCAGAAGGUUUGUUUUAAAGUUUAUUUUAAGCACUAUCGUACCAAAUAUUUCAUAUUUCACAUUUUAUAUGUUGCACAUAGCUAUACAGUACCUACGUAGUUUUUAAAUUAUUGUUUAAAAAAUGAAACAGCUGUUAAAAUGAAUAUUAUGUGUAAUUGUUUAAAACAUCCAUUUUUUGUGAACAUAUUAGUGAUUGAAGUAUUUUGACUUUUGAGAUUGAAUGUAAAAUAUUUUAAAUUUUGGCCUCACAGCCUGUUCUGAAAACUGUAUGCACCAACCAUAUCAUUUUUUUUAGAAAAAAAAAGAAAUUCACCAUUUUAAUUAAUGUUGAUCAAAGUCUAAUGACUAUCUUAUAUCAUAGAUUUGAUAACCCUAUAAAAAAUCACAUUCUAAGUGUAAUCUUACAUAGUGCUUGUAUUGUUACAUUUGUUUUAAUUUGUGGGAAAGUAUUGUAUCUAACUUGUAUUUCUUUGGUAGUUUCAUCUUUAUGUAUUAUUGAUAUUUGUAAUUUUCUCAACUAUAACAAUGUAGUUAUGCUACAAGUUGCCUAAAACAUUCAAACUUAUCUUCUUUUUUCUUUUUUUCUUUGUUAAUUCACUUAAACUCAUUGAAUACAUAGUAUCCAUUACUAAAGGUAAAUUAUGUGAAUCACUGAAAUAUUUUUGUAGACUAAUUGUUGUAACAUUGUCUUUAUUGUUUUUCUUUUAUUUCAUGAUUUUGAUGUUAAAAAUCAUUAGCACACAACUAUUUUCAGCCCUUUAAUGAGCAUCAACAACAUCACCUGUAUCCCCAAG